CACGCUGUCCAACCUGACCUCGCUUGACCUCACCGCCAACAGCUUUGCGGAGGUGGGGGAGGACGCUUUCGUGGGUGCCUACUGCCUGAACGAACUGUACAUCAGUUCUCCACGAAUGACUUCAGCAAGCUCAUGUUCACCGGCCAGAGAUUCUGCAUCAAAGACCUCAAGAUCCGGCGAGCGGGGCUGACCGUCGUGCCACUGGAGCCCAUCAGGGACCUCGCCAAGCUGCGUUACCUGUUCCUGGACAAGAACAACAUCACGCGGCUGCCGCGUGACGGUUUGCGGGGCAUCACAGCCACGACCAUCUGCUUCAGCGAGAAUCCUCUGCGCUCAGUCGAGCGGGGAGCAUUCAACGGCCUGCGUCCCAAGCUGAACUUGUUGCUGGAGAAGACGGAAGUGAGCGACAUCAGCUUCAUUUUCGAGUACCCACAAGACACGUUCGGAUUUCUGAGCCUCUACGAGUCGCCCAUCCCGUGUGACUGCACGCUUGAGCGCAUUCGCCGCGAGAAACCGGAGAGUUUCCUGUACGGCACCUGCUCACACGGGGGCAAGGCGCUGGACCUUAGGGACCCGCAGUUGGAGGCCGUUCUCCAACAGAAGUGCCACCCAUCGGAGUCUGUCUUCGCCAACAUGUCGUCAUCGCCAUUGUUUGCUCUCAGCACGGUGCAGCCGCAUACAGCAAAACCGCCGGUCAAGCGGGACAAAAAGAGGAAAAAAGUCAAUGAUAGCAAGGACGACGACGACGACGACGGUGAAGAGGGGGAGACGAUGCAGAAGUACACCGCUGACGUCGCCACAAGACCUCACUCUGUAGCCUCAGUGUGGGCUGUGCAGUUCUUGUUGACUGUUUUUGUUUUAACGUGAAGUGUUAUUUACCGGAGACCCUUCAGCCGCAAACAAUGAUAUCUGAGGUAUCGGGAGGGGGGACCCAAACAGACAGAUGACUGUUCGCUGUGGUCGUGUGGGUGCGUUCCUUUCAUCUAUCAGUCGCAGAGAGGGAGGGUAGAGAGAUGAGACGAAAUAUUGAUGGUGUUCAGAACAGCGCCGACUACUCCUGUAAUGGCGCUCAUGUGGGGCGCAGGACUGGAGCAUCAACAAAUUGAAGAUAAUAGCCGGGCUUCACUGAGAUCAGGAUUACCUACCUGAUAAGCUUACUUGCCAGGUGCUAACCUGUCUACCUACCUAACCGCCUGCAUACUUACCUACUUACCAACCAACUCACCUACCUACCUCACCAUUUAGAAGACCUUGGCACAUAGGACUUAUAUGUAUAUCUCACAGUCGUCCAUACAUUCUGCUUACAUUAAACCAAAGGUGUGUGUGUGUAUACGUGUGUGUGAGUGAGAAAGAAAAUUUGAUUUCUCCUCUGUAUGUGUGAAUGCGUUCGUGUGUGUGCAUGCGUAUCACUUGCUGCUUUUGGCCUCUCGUGUCGUGAUGUUUUCUCUAGCCGCGAUCCCCCAGUAAACCUUCUUUUACAAUGGUGGCACUCGAGAUAACCCAUAAAAUCAGGGCUUAAGUUCUUUGUGGCGUGAAAAGCGAAGCAAGAUAUCUGUUCUCUGAGAUUUAGGAGCCUACAAAAUAGCUUACAAGAGAGAAAGAUAGUGAAAGAGAGAAGAAAAUGCCGAAGAAAAGACUGAAUGGAUAAAGACCUCGCUGUAACCACUGUCGAGAUAUUCAUCCUAAGAUUUGAGUGAUCAAACAAGCCUGUCACAUAGGAGUGCACGUUACUCCGUCCCACACUCAGGAGGUAGAAUCUUCCAUCCUAGUAAAUUUUUCUUUGCUAGAAUAAAAAUCCGAUGAAACAGACAAGAUAAUCGUCGAACUAAAAACCAGCUUGAUAGCUAAAUAUUUAUUUAUUGUGGACAAAUUCGUAAAUCCAGACGACUGCCUUCAGGAUGACAAGCAAAUGUCAUGGUGGCCUGAUGAGACUGACAGCGGAGCCUGCCUGACCCACGCUCCUCCCUCCACUGUCCCCAUCCUCCCCUCUUCUCACUUCCACCCCACCCCGUCAGAAAUGUCCGCGUGGCUCGUUAUUCCCCCUACCCCUGGCAAUACGUCACGUGUUAGUGUCACAGACAGUAUUGUGACAAUACACCUGUAUACCACUAUACCCUCUGGGUAUGUAAAGUGUUGAAAAUGUCUUCAAUCUGAUCUCACGUACAAGUCGACCGCUAGGUUUGGUCUGACAAGUCGACUCGCCCAUUGAGACUUAAACUUCAUGUUUAGGACCUCACGUGCACACGAGCCAAAGACGGUUUUGGACAAGGUGCGGCGUGUGACCUUACAUGCAACCUGAUCCUUGACCUAACGUCCCACGUGUGUUACAACCUUGUUUGUACAUUGUAGCCAUCGACACAAGGCAGCUUGGUAAGGAUGUUUCUGAACCUGUGGCACAUAAAGCUCUGUGAAAUAAGAGAAUGGCUUCAAGAGAACCACGACAAAGGAAUGCUGCGACGAGAAGCAUGUUCAAGUCCUCAAGACAAGCAUGUCACUAGAUAGUUCGGAAAAUGGCUACAAAAAAAGGCUAAUGGCGGAGUAUUUAUAAGUGACAUACAGAUUAAUGGCCAAGUAUUUGUUUAGACCAGAAAGUGGCUAAAGGUGUGAUGUUUACACAUGGCGGACACUGGAGAUGUAUUGACAAAUAACGCAAACAGGUUUGUGACUACAGUUCAGGUGAUUCGACGAUAUUUGUUUGCUCCACCUGACUUCAGCUUUGUAGUCAAAGAUUUACCUGCAAUUAAUUUCUUUGCUGAUUCAUUGUCUCUUAAAUUUCGUUGGAAAGGAGAACUGAUGCACAAGAACACAUCGCGAAUCAUGCCAAAUAUUCUUGGAGACAAGUCUGACGAGGACAUGAGACAUGUACUGUAACAUUCCGUGCCACAGGUGAAGCCAAGGGAAGACUUCAAGUAUCCCUCUUCAUGUAAUGUCGUCAUGUGAUUUCAGUAUGAAAUAUUUUACCAACAUGUUUCUGUACAUACAUAAAUAUUUGCUGCUGUGAUACGGCAACCACCUGUCGCCAUGGCGACUGUUCUUGACAGUUAAAUCAGCUUGAUUUGUGUCGAGUAGUUUUUGAUGCACGUCAAAGGAGCUGCCCCAGAUGUUUUUUUUUAAAUAAAAGCUUUAAGAUUAUUUGCUUUGCUUCGGUAAUGUAACCAAGUGAUUGUGCAAUGGAUUAAGAUGCACACCUGUUGAGGAAUACCUUGAGUGCAGAGGUCAAGGUUCAUUCUCAGUGAGUUUGGUGCUGGUAAUGUCCCUGAUGUCCAGUGCAAGUGUUACCGACAUUACUGGGUGAUGUGGUAACUGUACCACGUGUACACAAUCUUCAGCACUUUUCAAGUAGUUUGUUAAUUUGGUGAAUGUCUGGCUCGAUUCAAAAUAGCUUGUUUUCCAUUCAACAUUUGAUUCGUUCUCUUUUAACAAUAUCGGUAACUUUCAACUGGAAUUAUAACUUUUGCACUGAUCGAACUUGAAAUAAAAAUAGAUGACUGGAUUCGCUGUAAAUAAGGAAAUAAAGCUAAGGGGCAGAAAAAUACUCUAUUUAUACAAUACAUACAUUUUGUGAAAAUAUGAAAUUUUUAUCUUUUCUUUGCGGUCGGUUUAUCUACUUGGAUGUAAAAUGAAAACUGUCUUUAUCCAGAAUAGAAAAAAAAUUUUUUUUGCUUAUCGACACCAAAUCUUAAGUUACAAGGGGAGGUAAGUCACACACUUUUCAGCGCGUGAAUUCAAAAACUUUUUUCUAACGGCUGAAGGUGUGCUGAUGAUUAUCUAACUUCAUACAUGAUAUAUCACAAAGUUGCUUGGGUACGGUAUGGGAACUAAAAGGUAACACCACAGGUAAAAGACUCGACAUGCGGUUGUCGUUGGUUACCAGCCACUGAGUCCUACUGUGUUGUUAUCGUCUGAUUCGGCGUCUUAUACUAAGAUUAUUAUUUUAUGUUGCUGGAUCUUACGAAUGUUUUCCUGUUCAUCUUUGACUCAAGCUGGCAGUCUAACGUUGCAAUAAAAUGAUAAUUUCUCUGGACACAAUUGCUUCGGUAAAGAUGAUUAGUUGUUACAAUAAUGGAGGGAUUUUCCAGGGUCUGUGAACUAUUGUUGCUAAUGUAAAACACGGAUCAGAAAUUGGACGCUUUUGAGGGACACAGGACGAGUAUGUAGGAGUCAGAAAUUGUCAGACUUCCAUUUUGUUUAACUGAAUUUUUUAAUUGCCAAGAUACCGACACACAGUAGAACUCUAGUUGACUUACAAACCAUUACUCUGAUAGCACCUGUCAGAGAAAAUAGGUAAAUCUCAGUUUUGUUACUCUAACAACAACCAACUUUUGUGACCGAAAAAAAAUUGGUUCUUGUGCGACUCUCGAUACUGUGACCACAGUUCCAAGUUUUGUAACCAAGGUGAUUCGUGAAGACAGGAGUGUAACCGUCAACGAGGAUUGGACAUGGAGAAUGUCACUGUUGUAUACUAUGCUCCUCUGAGGAUGCUGUCGUUGCUGUAAUAAUUGUUUGUUUGUUGUGCAUGUGGUAAGCGGACUACAUUUCAUUUCGUUAAUAAAAGUGUACUCGCUUUC